AUGUACGCGCUGGCGACAGUGUUGACCCUGCUGGCGGCCGUAGCUGUUCUGCUUCGCCUUCAUGCUAGAAAGAUUAAGAAUGCGGUCCUUGCAUGGGACGACUACCUGGUUGUUUUCGCACUGCUUUUCACGACUGGUACCGCAUUGUGUAUGUUCGUUGGAACCGCACUUGGGGAUCUAGGACGACACACAAAGAUCGCAUCAGAUGGAUCACUCGUUUUUACCCAUCAUCUAGAGGUCUUCCAACAGAUCAAUUAUGCUUCACUGAUGACCUCAACAUUGACGUUCGGCCUGACGAAGUUGAUCUUCCGCGGUGCUUUGUUCUUGGCCCUCGUCUGGACCAUGAUCACAAUCAUUGUGAUAUGGACCGUUGGCUUCUUCUUCGCGAAUAUGCUCCAAUGCUACCCAAUAUCAGAGAAUUGGACUGGCUUUGGAGGCACUGCUGACACUUGCAUCGAUGAAAACAUGAUGUACAUUGGACAAGCGUUCUCAGACGCUAUCACAGACCUCAUGAUCCUUGUAAUGCCCAUCCCUUGCAUCUGGGCGUUUCAGCUGCCAGCAAAACAGAAAAUCGGCGUGAGUGGCAUGUUUCUGCUGGGAAUAUUGACCAUUGCGGCAAGCGUUACGAAGCUCGUGUUUUUCUUUAAGAUUGCUGUCGAGUCCAAUACUGGUGACGAGGAUUUUACUUAUCUGUUUACCCCAACUCUGUACUGGCCAAUGAUGGAAUCUUCGCCCGGGAUCGUUGGGGCCUGCUUGCCUUUGUUUCGCCCCAUCAUCAGUGAACUUUUCCUAGUCCGAAGCAUUCGAGAAAUCAUUUCCUUUCCGUCCACAGGCAUUACAAGCUCGAAAAAGCCCCUGAGGGAUGCUGGAAACCUGGAGGAUCGCGACAACAGCUCUUCUGCGGUUAGCUCCGAAGGCUCCAUAUAUGCUGGCGGAGACCAUAACGGGGGUCAAUAUCUUGGUCGCGAUCAAGUCUAUGUACCCAAAAAGACACUCGAGAAGGUUGGCGAUGUCGGUACCAAAAGGAACGCAGUAGAGCAACGCUACCAUGCAAGCGGGUACAUUUGA